UAAAAAUGUAUCGUCUGCUAAUUUUUGCAAAGCUCUAGCGCUUUCAAGUUGAUCUAUCUACUAAAUUGAUAACAGUUAUAAGUUUAGCGACAUAGAUCUAUAUUAUUCAUUAAACUGAAUAACAAUAUUCAAUUAUGCCUAGAGCAAAGAAGACGGAAGAAAAUCAGGCAGUUUUAAGUAGAAUACAAAAAUUUAAAGGAGAUGAUGAUGAAGAUUACCAUCUCCCAAGCGAUGAGGAAAGUCCUCAAAGACCGCCUUGCACCGUACCAAAAGGAAAAGAUAAUGAAACACUAAUUGAAGUAAAUAGUGCUCCUGCAAAAAAGAGAAUAGCAGAUAUGGAUUAUGAUCCAGCAGAUUUCAGCAAUGAAAUGCAGAAAAUGCUUGAAGGAUUUGGAGCUGACAUUUCUAAGACACUAAGUCACAAGAAGAAGAGGAUGGAACAGUUGACCCAAGCUUCACUAAAAAAUACAAAUAAAAAGGUAGAAGAAAUUUGGAAGAAUCAGCAAACAGCCAGAGCCAAAUUGCAGGAAGAGUUUGGUAAACAGAUUAACUCGGUAUACCAACAGUGGGAAUCUGACAUAGAAAAAACAAAAGAACAAGAAGAAAAAUUAAAUACUCUGUUCAAACAACAGCAAAAGCUUUUCCAACAGUCCAGAAUAGUUCAAAGUCAAAGACUUAAAACUAUAAGAGAGCUAAGUGAACAAUUUGUCAGGGGACUUGAGGAACUUGAGCGAUCAAGGCUAAGCCAACAGACAUCCCUUCAGUCUGAGCUCAAAAAAGAGAUGCAACUGUUACAGAAACGUAUAUUAAUGGACACACAACAACAAGAAAUGGCUAAUGUAAGAAAGUCUCUUCACUCUAUUUUAUUUUGAUAAAAAACAUUUUUAUUUUAAAUGCACCAACAAUGGUGACCACAUUGAUUAUUUUAAUAAUAAAUUACUUCAUUUCUUUAAA